AUCGGGGCCCAUCGCCGCUCGGACGUGCCUGUGCGACGUCACCACGCGGCGCGCACGCGACACGUGAAACACGCGCUUUUCAAAUUUCGAACUGAAAAUAUUGCACAGACUCAACAGAAAAUUGUUAAUUAUUUUUAAAUUUUUAAUCGAUCCUGCCAGUGACUAACUUUACUUGGCAUGUGUAUGAGUGAAUGAAUUUCAGUGAUAACUUCUUUUGAAGUUCAGGCUCGGCGGAACAUUGGGAGAAAUGACCUACGAUGGGAUCACAUAGUCGGGCGAUACUACAAGUGAGGACUCACCUUCAUAAUCUAACCAAGUGAUAAUCCUGUGACUACUCGUACGACUAUUUGACCUGUGUAAAGUGAUAUAGUGUAGUGAGUGACAACAUCAUGCUUCUACAAGGACCUCUUCUGUUCUACACAUUCGAAAUAUUCCUCGCUAUAUGUCUACAAUACAAGACAAAUGCACAACUAACAACUGAAGUGGGGCGACCGAUGCCGCAAACGACGCAAGCGCUUCGAGUAAAAGAUACGAUAUUUGCGUGGAGCUCGUGGGGCUCUUGGAGUCCCUGCUCCAGGACCUGCGGGGGCGGAGUUGCCGUCCAGGAGCGACAGUGUCUACCCAGAGACCCUACCAGAUUGCGUCGCAGCAGAAAGAGAAGGAAGCUGUCCCGGAGUACGGAACGAGGGCGACAGCAGCGAGAAGUGUCCGUGGUUCACGGCCCUGAUCCUGACUGCCCGGGCCUGGCGCGGAGGUACCACGAGUGCAAUACCGCGCCGUGUCCCGGUCCUCCGCGGGACUCGCGCGCAGAGCAGUGCGCUGUUUACGACCGGAGACCUUUCCGUGGUCGGUUCUACACCUGGGUGCCUUACGUUGACGGCAACGCUCCGUGCACGCUGAACUGCCGUCCGCGCGGGCAGCAGUUCUACGCGUCGCUGGCGCUCGUGGCCGAUGGCACGUCCUGCACCAAACCCGGCUUCCGUGCCAUCUGCGUGCAGGGCACCUGCAAGGUGGUUGGGCGAGAGGUGUUAGCAUCAACCGUGAACCGCGACGUCCACUGCGGUCGGCGACUGGUGUCGGGUCUGUUCUCCAGACCGCGGUUGCCGCUCGGCUACUCCUAUGUGACCACAGUACCGCGCGGCGCUUGCCGGCUCAACGUCUCCGAAAUUGUACCCAGCGAGAACUAUAUUGCGUUAAAAGUAACAAAUGGCUCUUACAUCAUGAAUGGUGAAUUUGCUGUGAGUGCACCAGGCACCUAUGAAGCUGCUGGUGCACGUUUCGUGUAUACUCGUAUGACUGGAUUGGACAAUGUCUUCGCUCUUGGACCUUUACAUAACCCCAUCGAUAUUAUGAUUCUCUACACGCAACCAAAUCCGUCAAUAAAAUACGAGUUUCUUACUGACGGACCUGACGAAAGUAACGACAUACCGACAUCGAACAAUGAGCCGCGUCGUCCAAUGCAACGGCAUCAUCGACACCACGUAGCUGAGUCUCGCAAUGAACUCGGCAACGCGAAAUCUGAAACUUCCAUGGUGAAGCGACCUGAUUUCAAAAAUCUGGAGUCUAAAUCUCAAAUUGAGAGCAAUGUCAUUGGUGACAGAAAAUUUGUUUGGAAGAUACUGUCAUUUUCACCCUGCUCGAGAAGUUGUGGGGGAGGGCUUCAAGUGGGGAAAUUUAGAUGUGUUGAAUUGACUGACAAGGGUGAUAAAGAAGUGUCAUCGGUGCAUUGUACAGGAGCUCCGCCUCCGUCUAGGAGACGUCGAUGUGGCGGAGCACCUUGUCCUCCAAGAUGGAGAGCAGCUGCUUGGGGCGCUUGCCCUCUAUGCGGACCAGCUCAAAGAACUCGACUUGUUGGAUGUGUUCAAGAUCACGCUCGUGGCAUUAUUAAGAUAAGUGACCAGAAAUGCCCACUCCCAAUGCCUCCUAGUAAUGAACCGUGCGAUAUUCCCAACUGCGAUGGCACCGCGGCUCCGAUAGUCACUGCCAGUCCAAGGCUUGACGCUCGUAGACAAGUACAUCCCAGAGACCAUACAGACACAUUCCGCGACAGCCCAGUCGUAUCGCUGGCUGGCGGACCAUCUGUGAAGGAAAUGACUCCAGUUAUGUCUACAAAUUAUAGUCACAGCGCACCUGGGGGCUGGCUAUACACGGAAUGGUCAGAUUGCGUCGGUUGGUGUCUAGGUGGUGGAGUCAAAUCCCGUGGAGUCCGAUGUAUCGACCCAGCAGGCUGCGCGGCUCACAUUGCUCCUCCUUCCACACAAUCUUGCACGCCUAGGAAGCGAUGUGAUGCUCACUGGUUUACUGGUGAAUGGUCAGCGUGUUCGGCGGAAUGUGACGGCCGCCAAGUCCGGGGGGUGAUCUGCGUCGGUGGCAACGGCAGAAGGAUGAGGGAAACCGCGUGCAAGACCAACAAACCGGAGGCCGAGAAGAACUGCGGGGGAACCUGCGCUCCGUCCUGGUAUCUCAGUGACUGGACUGGGUGCCAAGGCCCCUGUGAGGCGGGCAUACAGACGCGUACCGUGUGGUGCGCCCGCGGCGGUGUAGAAGGCGCCACAGGUGCCGCGCGAGACGCGGAGUGCGCGGGCGCGGGGGUGCGGCCCCCCGCCCGGCGCUCCUGUGUGCCCGAGAGAUGUUCCACCAAGCCUAAUGUGCCGGUGGACAUGAAACCAGUUCCUAGUGUUAUAGAUACGCAAAGAGUUACGAGACACCAAAGCCAUAACACAGAACCCUUCAAAGGUAGAUCACAACCAGGUGAAUGCGCAGACAAACUGACCAACUGCGCAUUAGCUGUGCAAGCGCGCCUGUGCCAUUACCCCUACUAUGCGGACUACUGCUGCCGGUCCUGCCACACCCGGACGUAACAAUAGUAACGGUAAACCCAGAAGGCGAUUAAAACGAAGCGAAGCUGUAAGACGUAUUGUGAUACAAUCAGACAAAUAGUGAGCAUUCUUUACCAAGAAAGCCGCGGUAGCUAAACACGCACACUAAACAUAUUAUUUACUUUAGGUACAAAUAUAAUUAGUUAUUUACCGUUAAAAAGCUAUUUACAAUGAAAGUGAUUUAUAUAUAACACAAAUAUUUUGUAAAUAUUCACUAUUGUAUUACAUAAGUAUAGAGACAAUUACAAACAAAAAUCAGCAUUAGAAUGAAUCUAUACAUUUCUUCAAGAUUAAUUUAGUGUGCGUGCAGGUUUCAUCUAUUGUACUCCCCAUCUCUGAGAAAUGUCAUAAAAACAUACUUCUUUGAAGAGACUAACAUACAUAUAGUAUUUUAAUUUAUAACGAUGGUUGUAUGUACAGUCUGCCACAGAGAAAUCUGACCCCCCCGCGAUUUGAACACCAUCUCUUAAGGGGUCAGAUUUAUCUACUUAUUUCAUACUUUAUUUCAGACUGUACCUACUACCUAGAUAGAAUCUUUACUUCUAUACUAAUAUUAUAAAGAGAAAAAAUCUUUUACGGAUAAACUCGAUCUUCAGGAGCUACAAAGGCUUCUGUCCCGAAAAAUGCGAAAAAGAUUUUUAAGCAAUAUUAUGAAAUAUAUAUCUUGGAUACUAGGUAUCAAUAUUUUUUACUAUUAAUGUAUUUUCUCAGAGACAACAAAACGCUUGUAAGUAUUAGAGAUAGUUUUUGAUCUCCCGUUAGUCGAGUAAUGGACCGAUCAGCAGAACACAGUGUAAAAACUGCAGUUACAUGUAUACUGAAAUAAUGAAAAUAACGUUCGUAAAUCGUACACAUAGUUUUAGACUGUAAUUAUUUUUUUUAUAAAAUGCACAAUGUACUGAGUUGAGUUUGGGCGCACGUGUUUGUAGAUAUACCGAAUCGUUGUAACUUGCCUGUCUCACGCUUAGGAGAUUAAUUUUUACUUAUUUUAAGGAUAGUCCACAUUGACACUAUCUCUUUAGGCUAGUGUGUAAGUUCUAUUAUAAUAAACUAGGGCAUUUAUGUUUAAAUUGAUUAUUUAUUGUUAAGGUUAAUACAAGGCCGCGCCGCGGGAAAUUCGUAAGACUACAAUAGUUUGUUCAGCCCAGGCUCAGGCUCCAUCGCUCUAUGGCUGAGGAAACAACCGCGUUCUUUAUCACUUUGGCGGAGACAGGACUGCUAUAGUGAAUGGGCUCCUUUAAAUAAAAAUUGUGCCGUGUUCGGUUGAGCGUAUAUUAUUACGUCUCAUUGAAAUUGCAGAAAACUGAAAAUAAGGACUUGGAGACGAAAUUCUAACGCGACGUAAUAACGCCCGUCCGACCACAGCCCUAUCUCUAUUUUAAGUAAUUAGUUUCUUUGUGAAUACAUGUUGCCAUUUAAUUCCUUGUGUAAUAUAUUCCAUUUUAAUUGCUAUACAAGUAUUCGUGUUGUGUGGCCUAUCUUGGUAGUACUUACUUACUUUAAAAUAUUAUAUUUAAAAUAAUUGUAUUGAUUAUCACAUUUUGCUAUAUUUGUGGAUAUUUUAGACCAAACUUAGGCUAUGUCAAUAGAAUAAGGAACAAAAAGUAUUCCGUAUAUUUUAAUGUAGGGGAAUUGAUAUCAAGUCAAAUUCGAAUGUAAUUUUUAUUCGUAAUUCUUUUUAAAUCAUCAUAAUAUUUAAAAUCAUGACUCAUCACAUCAACGACCAAUUCAAACUCGAGGUGCCUAGAAAAAUAAAAAGUUCAGCCAUUUUAGUGGCGGAACUUUUUAUAUAGCGAGGCGACCGAGGGCGACUUAGUUUCUUUGCUUUAGCAAACAAACUAAUUCGCCCUGGUCCAAGAUGCUCCUACAUUGAACAACGGAGGAAGAUGUUUUGCCUUUUGGCACUUUGACACUUUUGCCGGACACACAAAAUCUCAUUGAGGGUGAGUUGCACUAUCAAAUUUGACGUUGAUUUUAACUGCGUACAAACUGCGUAAAAAUAGCGUACUUUGCGUUUUUCUACGCACGUUAAAGUUGACGGUGCAACCCACCUUAAGUAAACGGCUAGAUUUUCUUGGUUCUAUCCGGAGCCUGAUCCAAGCAAAAAUUGAUUUAGUCAUACAGUUACUGUUUUCAAGUGUUCAUAAUUUAUUGUCAACCAACUUCUAAAAAAGGAGGUAUACUAUUCAAGAUGUAAACCAUUUAAGUAUUGUAAAUAGUAGGUGUUGUAAGUUUUUAGUGCAUUUACAUACCGGCUGUUGAGUAUUUACUAUUUAUGUGAUUAUUUUAGACAAUUCUACUGCCGCAAUUGUAUUUGUUUGCUAAAAGUAACUACUAUGUAUGAUUUAAUUUUUUUCUGUACUAAUACAUUCAUUUAACAAUGUACAAAAAUUAAAAGCUUUAAAACACUC